GCACCACCUCGCAUCCGCUUCAUACCCCCGCACCAUGAGCGUCAUCGGAAGUCGACUGGCCGGCCAGGUGGCCGUGAUCACGGGCGCUGCCGGCGGCAUCGGCCGCAAGUCCGCCAUCCUGUUCGCCAAGCAGGGCGCCAAGGGCGUCGUGUGCGCCGACCUGAACGAGGACGCCGCCGCCGAGACCGUGCAGCUCGUGCAGGAGGAGCUCCGCAAGCUGGGCAAGACCGACACGGUCGCCAUCCCUGUCAAGGCGGACGUGUCCAAGGCUCGCGACGUGGAGAACAUGGUGAACCUGGCCGAGAAGGAGUUCGGCGCGCUCAACGUGCUGUUCAACAACGCCGGCAUCAUGCACAGCGCCGACGACGACGCCAUCGCCACGCAGGAGGACGUGUGGGACCUCACCAUGAACAUCAACGUCAAGGGCGUCUUCCUCGGCUGCAAGUACGGCAUCCCGGCCAUGCGUCGCGCCGGCGGCGGCUCCAUCAUCAACACGGCCUCGUUCGUGGGCAUCCUGGGCGCUGCCACGCCGCAGCUCGCCUACACGUCGAGCAAGGGCGCCGUCAUCGCCAUGUCCCGCGAGCUGGCGACCAUCCACGCGCGCGAGAACAUUCGCGUGAACGCUCUGUGCCCCGGCCCGCUCAACACGGAGCUGCUGCAGAAGUUCCUGGACUCGGAGGAGAAGAAGCAGCGCCGCCUCGUCCACGUGCCCAUGGGCCGCUUCGGCGAGGCUGCCGAGAUGGCCAAGGCCGCGCUCUUCCUUGCCAGCGACGACGCGUCGUACAUCACCGGCACGUCGUUUGUGGUUGACGGUGGUAUUACGUCGGCCUACGUCACGAGCGAGGGCCAGGUCGACCCCUUCGGCGGCCCCAGCGAGGUGUAAAUGGCAGGAGCUUCCGAGUUCCAAGUAGGUGUUGGAAAGAACAGUAGAGAAGCCAACUUCUAACAUACAAACAAAUUGCCCGCGUUUGACAUGUUCGACAUCUUUGCGUAGAGCUUUGUCGACGGUCGUUUGACACGAAACUUUUUGCAGUAUGAUGGUGAUCAUCACCACCAGGUGAUGGGCUCGAACGAGAAGCUUUGCUUGAUGGAUCUGUGCGUAGAAUAAGAGAGUGCUGGCGAUACACAAAGACCAUGGAUGCACUUCAAACGGGCACUAACACGCGAAUCGAUUGCAUUAUUACGGAUACGAUUCGAGGUUCAACUUGCUGUUUCUUCUUAGCAUCAAAACUCCACACUAAUGACAACAGUCAAGCACGCACGCCGAUCUAGACGCGGAAGUUCCACUACAAAGAAGCAAACAGAGUAUAAAGUUAGGGUGGGGGCAUGACAAGGCAGAAUGGCGACAUACACGUACCGAUUUCAGCUUCGUGACACCACGGAAACCGUGCUUCGAGAGACUGAUGCCCUUGCCGGAGUCGCGAGUGCCGGUCCAGGGGAGGUACGGGUC